CAUGCUUGGAGCUUCCCCGCGCUGCACCUCAUCUCCACCCAAAGCAUGGCCGGCGUUCCUGAGAAGGUGCUAAACUGGCUUUAUAGCGUUCUACCAAGUGAAUAUCCGGACGUGAACCGUACCUAUCAUGACGUUACCGAGACCCUCGCAAACUACCCAUCCCUCUCACCUCGAACGGAGGUUUACACGUACGAAAAUGGCGUUUCGGCCCUGCUAUUGCUGCUUAGCGGUACCCUUCCGGUGACAUUUCGAGGCGCAACCUACGGUUUCCCCGUCGCGAUAUGGAUACCGCAUGCCUACCCUCGUGAAUCACCCAUUGUAUAUAUAACUCCAUCACAAGACAUGGUUGUGAGACCAGGACAACAUGUUAGCGGUGAUGGGAGGGUAUACCACCCGUAUCUGGCUCAAUGGGGCAAAUACUGGGAUAAAUCUACCAUUUUCGAUUUCCUGGCGGUCUUAAGAGGAGUCUUUGCGAAGGAGCCGCCUGUUCGGUCCAAACAACAGCAGUACAACGCGCCGGAUCAACAGGCAGCUCCCCCACGACCGCCACCACCCCCAACAGGAGUGCAACGCCCUGUAGAACCGACAAACAUCGCUUCGCCAUUAUCGAGACCGUCAUCACAAGCACCUGCCCCUCCUCCAAAGCCUCCGAAACCGUACAAGCAGAAUCAGAGUACUCCGCAACCGCGACCAGAAGGACGAUACAGCCAGCCUCCUCCACUACCACCUCAUCCUCCGCAACCACCUCAGUCACAGUACCAGCAACAGUAUCAACACCAGCCCCAGCGAAAAGACUAUGGGGUUCAGCAUGGCUGGCAGCAGCCGGGGCCAUCGCCUCCACCAAACAUACCGCAACAGCAGAUGGGUUAUGAUAGAAAUCCCCCCACACCGGGUUCUAAAGCCCCACACCCUCGUGUACAGGCCACAGGCAGCCAAAUAUACCAGGACAAUUCAUAUCAGGUUGGCAGCCCGGUGAGUCCACUGACUCCUGAAGACCAGCAGCAUAAGGCGCGGUACCAGCAGGGCGCACCCAUGCCUCAAGUGCCAUCACAAGCAAACCACUCUCAGUAUCAACCUCAAUACCAAGCGCAACACCCUUCACAACAACAACAGCAACAAUAUGGAGCCCCUCACCUUCAGCAACAACAGCCACAAUACUCGCAGGGCCCUCCCCAGCAGCAGCGAUACCAGCAGCAAUACCAACAACAGCCUCCCUACAACCAACAACAUGGACUACCACCACCACCACAACAACAACAAGCCCCACCAGCCCCCAAACCCCCCAUCAACCUCCUCGACGAUAGCCUCGAAGUAACGCUCCCCUCCCAAACCGGCUCCCAACCCUCCAUCCCCGUGCCACCCGUGCCCCCAAACCCCGAAAAAGACGCCCUCCUAACCGCCCUCUCCCAAACCCUCUGCACCCAGAUCCGCCAAACCGUCUCGUCCAACGCCUCGGCCAUCGCGCCCCUCCGUGGCCAGCAAUCCGCCCUGCAGAACGCGCACGCGCGCCUCCAGUCCGAGCUCGAGCAGCUGCAGCAGCUCGACGCCGCGCUGGCGUCCAACGAGAAGAUCCUGCGCGACGCGAUGGUUGAGGCAGACCGCGUGAUGGGCGACGCGCGGACGCGAAAGGUGCCCGACGUCGAUGACGUGCUUGUUGCGCCGACGGUCGUCGGGGGUCAGUUGUAUGUGCUCGCGGCUGAGGAGAGGGGCAUCGCGGAUGCGCUGUUCGUGCUUGGUAGGGGGUUGGAUAAGGGGAGGGUGGGAGCUGAUGUUUUUGUUAAGCAAACGAGGAGUCUGGCUAGAGAGCAGUUCUUGAAGAAGGCGUUGAUCAAGAAGAUUGCGAAGGGCAUGGCUUUGGACGAUUAUCAGAUGCGGUAGAUUUUUAUGCAUCUUUGUGCUACAUAUGUUUUAGGUUGUGCAUGGCAAGCCCGUCAAUUAUAGAUGCAUAUGGACUUUCAGAAGCGAGCAAUUGUGGAGAAGAAUUACGUUUUCGAAUGUUCAACUGAUCAAUUAAUUCAUACAUUACGUGAUUAAAAGAAGAAAGGCUAGUAGUACAGUGGGAAUCGUAAUAGACCUGUUCAAGUGGCU